UUCUUUUCUCCCAACCAGUUUAUCCGUUUAUGAGUUGCCGUUUAUUCGAUUUCCAGGCAGCAGUACCGGCUUCUGCGGCUCAUAUAUGAUAAUAGAACGACGUUAAAGAUCAAUUACAAGGUUAAGGAUUAGCAUUUACCAGAAAUUUUCAAGUGAUGGAGGAAGAAGAGGGAAAGGAUUCAAAGGAAGCAGAAUCACAUAGUGAAAAAAUGGAGGAGGUGAAAGCAGGAGUGGCAUCUAUAGCAUUAUUACCAUAUGGGUCCAUAUCUGGUCACUUUAUUCAGCUUCCUCAGUCCAUUUGCUAUGGCCUUCAUGGCACUGAAUUAACUUGUGAAAGGGAGUGCAGCAGGGGUGAGGAUUAUCGCCUGAUCAAGCUUACAAUCAUUGACUACAAUAGUGGGAAAGAACAAGCUGUUGUAGUAGAGUGUAGAGGCCAUGAUGCUGCUCGCUUCCAUAACAUUGAUCAUGCUCAUGGCUGGGAAAAGGAUAUCGUAGCAAUGGCAGAACAAAAACCUGGGAAGAAAAAAAUUUCUGUGUCAUUUGUGUGCGAGACAUUGAAAGCUGAGAAUGCCGCAGAAGAGCAUCUUAGGAAGUUCAUGCCAAAAUUAGCUGGGCUAGAUGCUGUUGUCAACAUUGGGCAGAUGAAGAUUUCCGGGUUGGACUUUGAAGAAUUGGAAUGAAACAGAGAAUAUGAUCUGGUGCAUAACUUGUUUAUAUGACUUUCAGUUACUGUAUCUUAACAUAAACUCUUGUACAAGAAUACAGUUUUAUCCUAUCUUGAACCUUGUGUAUGUUGUCUAUUCGCUUCACAAACUUUUUAAGGCAACCCUGAAAGCGUGGGAUUUUUUU